AUGGACAGCGAGGGAUACAUGUACGUUCAUCCGCAUUACGGCAACUAUCCAAAAUACCUCGUAGAUGUAAAAUGCAAGGUUAUUUUCCUGGAAGGAGGGCUAAGAAACAAAAGGACAAAGAGUGGGAUAAAUUAUUUGAAUGAGGUUGCCGAAGUAGAGGCACCUGUAAAUGAGCGAUUUUUGGCCAAUGGAGAUGCCUUUUACAUCCGCUGCUUCAGCAACGGCACAAAAAUAUAUGAGCAGGCUUAUCCUGGUAUAAGAGACUUAGAUAAGCAGCCUAACCAGGUAUUGAUAGACUUGAUGUCAUUCGAUGAUUUUGGCAUAAGACGUUAUGCAGAACCAAAGAAAAAGUCCGAUUUGCGUUACUCUAUCGAUAUUCUCUGUCUGGAGUCAACCUCGAGGACAAUGUUUAUGCGUCAUUUACCUCGAACUAUGGAAACUAUGAACAAACUAGGAUACGAACUUUUUUAUGGCUACAACAAGGUAAGAGGUCAUGUUGAUGACUUAGAGUCAUUAAGAGCAAACAAGUUAUGUUAGUA